CGGCCUCUAUAUAUAUAGCACCUAAACCUCCUAUCUUUUCCAUCACCGAGUUCAUCAACUCCUUACAUAUUUAAUUACAAGUGCAAGUUUCAAUCACUUCAAGCUGCAAAAUGGCCGGACGCGUCAAGCUUGGAUUAUGGGGAGGAAACGGAGGAAACCCCCGCGACAUUGAUGGUAACCCUACACGCGUGUCGAAAAUUGUUGUUCGCAGCGGUCAGGCGAUCGAUUCGCUGGCAUAUGAUUAUGACCAAGAUGGAAAGACUGUUCAGGCUGGUCCAUGGGGUGGUUCCGGUGGAAACCCCACUACGAUCGUAUUUCAAGCCGGUGAGUUCCUGACUGCAGUAAAUGGUACCACUAGUCCAUUCAACAACGUCGCCAAUAUGCUGAGAUCGCUCACUUUUGUUACCAAUGUUCGCAAGUACGGGCCAUUCGGAGUGGAGGAAGGAACUCCCUUCUCCGUUCCUGUGACGAAUGGUCGAGUUGUUGGCUUCUACGGACGCUCCGGCGUGUAUGUUGAUGCGCUCGGGAUUUAUCUGAUGCCCAACUGAUGUCGAUUUUUAUGCCGGUCAUCUUCGCAAAGGAUUAUGGGUUUCGUUCCAUGUAAUAAAGUCGAGGAUGAAAUGGCCUUCUGCAUUGUAAUCCUUUCUUAAUUCGGAGAAAAUAAAAUUCGAUGAGCUAUCUAGUUUUCGAAAGAAUGAUGAAGUAAUUGAAGCUAGUGUGUUUCCUCCA